AUGGUAUCAAAUGGCGUUAGACCAUGCCGCUUCUUUUCAGUCGGGGGGUCAACAGACCCCGCCGUGAAGGUCAUACGAGCACAGAAUCUCGACAACGAUUCAGAGCCUUAUGCUGCGCUCUCCUACUGCUGGGGCCAAGAUCAGCUUAUGAAAACUACGUCGGCAAACAAAGCCGAAGUGGAACAUGGUAUCCCAAUCAGUUCGCUCCCCAAGACCAUCGCAGACGCUAUACGCAUAGCACGUGAGCUCGGUAUCAAGCUCCUCUGGGUUGACAGCCUGUGCCUUGUGCAGGACGAGGAGCACGAGUUAGCCAAGGAGAUCGCGAGGAUGCAUCAUUACUAUGGUAACGCCUACUUUACUAUAUCGGCAGCGACGGCAUCAUCUUGUAGCGAAGGUCUCUUACAGGAUCAUGCAAUGCCGCGUGAGGACAGACGCGGUGUGACUGGUCCCUUCUAUUUCCCAGUCAGCCCUGACAUCCCGGAACAGUCUUCCUCUUUGGGAAUUCUCAGGUUCGACGUCGUCCCUGACCAAGCCAUUGACUCACGAGCGUGGACACUGCAGGAAGGACUACCUUUCCCAUCGCUUGGUCACUUUUACUCCGCGCAUCAUCAGAUGGUCUUGCCGCACAGAGUCAUACGGGAAGAACCUUUAUGA